AUGAACUUGAUAGCGAUGAACGACAAGGAUGAGAUCUAUGAGGAUCCUGAGUCUACUGAGGUUGAUGAGAGCGAGGACACGGAUGAUACGGGAGCGAGUGUGGAGGCAGCAGUGAAGCAGGAAGAAGAGAUAGUCACCAUGGAGGCAGCAGCGGUGAAUGAUGGAGAUGGAGAUGGUGUCAACACUUUUGCAGCAGCGGUCGUGGUUAAAGAUGAAGCAGUAAAUGCGAAGUGUGUGGGAGUUGAAGCUGUGAAAGGGGGCAUCAUGGUGAAGGGAUCAAAGGUGAAUGCAACUGCAAAGGGGCGUGUGCUUACGAAAGAGGAACACGUUGAGGGGUACGAGACCCGAGAGGUGUUGGGUGCUAAGAUUCCGAGGAGAAGCGAGAGGCUUAAGAAGAUGCCUCAUGGUUUGGAUAUCAAGGCGCUCAACUUCAAGACACGGAUGGAGAUGGGGGGGAACAGGGAUGGAGAUGGGGGGGAACAGGGAUGGAGAUGGGGGGGAACAGGGAUGGAGAUGGGGGGGAACAGGGAAGAAGGGAAGGGUGUAUGUGUGGGUUGGAAAAGGGGAGUGACAAGUGUGCGAGAUGGGAAGGGAGAAGGGAGGGAUGGCGAGGGCAACGAGGAGUGGAAGGGAGGGCGACGGGGAAACCGAGGGCGACGGGGGGAGAGAGAGACGGGGAUUGCGAGGGGACGAGCGGGAGCGAGGGCGACGAGCGGCAGGAAGGGCGACGAGACGAAGGGGGGCAACGUGCGGAAGGGAGGGAAAGAGAGCCUGCACUUGCUCUCUCUCCCAUUCUGCACGCUUGCACUCUCUCCCGUGCUGCACGCUUGUGCUCUCUCCCGUGCUGCACGCUUGUGCUCUCUCCCGUGCUGCACGCUUGUGCUCUCUCCCGUGCUGCACGCUUGCCCUCUCUCCCUUGCUGCGCUUGAACUCUCUCCCGUGCUGCCCGUAUCGCUUUCUCCCGUCCCGCGCUUGCUCUCUCUCUCACAUUCUGCACGCUCGCCCUCUCUCCCAUGCUGCGCUUGUGCUCUCCACCGUGCUGCGCUUGUGCUCUCCACCGUGCUGCGCUUGUGCUCUCCACCGUGCUGCGCUUGUGCUCUCCACCGUGCUGCGCUUGUGCUCUCCACCGUGCUGCGCUUGUGCUCUCCACCGUGCUGCGCUUGUGCUCUCCACCGUGCUGCGCUUGUGCUCUCCACCGUGCUGCGCUUGUGCUCUCCACCGUGCUGCGCUUGUGCUCUCCACCGUGCUGCGCUUGUGCUCUCCACCGUGCUGCGCUUGUGCUCUCCACCGUGCUGCGCUUGUGCUCUCCACCGUGCUGCGCUUGUGCUCUCCACCGUGCUGCGCUUGUGCUCUCCACCGUGCUGCGCUUGUGCUCUCCACCGUGCUGCGCUUGUGCUCUCCACCGUGCUGCGCUUGUGCUCUCCACCGUGCUGCGCUUGUGCUCUCCACCGUGCUGCGCUUGUGCUCUCCACCGUGCUGCGCUUGUGCUCUCCACCGUGCUGCGCUUGUGCUCUCCACCGUGCUGCGCUUGUGCUCUCCACCGUGCUGCGCUUGUGCUCUCCACCGUGCUGCGCUUGUGCUCUCCACCGUGCUGCGCUUGUGCUCUCCACCGUGCUGCGCUUGUGCUCUCCACCGUGCUGUGCUUGUGCUCUCCACCGUGCUGCGCUUGUGCUCUCCACCGUGCUGUGCUUGUGCUCUCCACCGUGCUGCGCUUGUGCUCUCCACCGUGCUGCGCUUGUGCUCUCCACCGUGCUGCGCUUGUGCUCUCCACCGUGCUGUGCGUGUGCUCUCCACCGUGCUGCGCUUGUGCUCUCCCCCGUGCUGCGCUUGUGCUCUCCCCCGUGCUGCGCGUAG